CCAUAUUUGACUUUGGGCAGAAUAAGAUCUGGAACUCGCGAAACCGUCAGGAGCAAAAACCAAAUCUUCCAUCUGUGAUGCAGCCAGCCAUGCCUCUUGCCUUCCCUCAGGAGGUCCUUGACAGUUGAUUCCUGCAAGGAGAACAGCACUAAAUGAUGGGCAGACGCCAUCUCCUUGAUCCCACCGAUUUCUUAUUCGUUCAUGGCGUAAGAUCGCUUGUUGGUGCUCCAAAGGAAGGUUCUUCGGCUGCUUAAUCGGCGGGAAACGGCUGGUUUUGGGCUGGAAGGCACCAGGAGCAGGGGCCAUUGCGAGGAAGGCGUUUGUCCAUGGGAGCUUGUUGUAGCAAGCAGUUUGGCGAUGGAGGGACUCUUGAUGAUGGUGGUGACGGAGCCUUCCAAGGGGAAGGAGGGGUGCGCAUUAGGCUUCAGGGAUCCUGCACAGUGGCCUCCAUGUAUACCCAACAAGGGAGGAAGGGUAUCAACCAAGAUGCAAUGACCCUUUGGGAGGAUUUUGGAGGCGAGAAGGACAAGAUCUUCUGUGGGGUAUUUGAUGGGCAUGGUCCUUACGGUCAUAAGGUUGCUCGCCACGUUAGGGACAGUCUGCCCCUAAAGAUCUCCGCCCAUUUUGAUGCCCUGCAGGAGGCUGAUUACGAAUGUGAUGAAGAAAGUAAUGGUACUUGUGGUGGUGAUCAGGAUGGCUGGCCGAAAGAUCUGUCCUCAUGGAAAUCUAUUUUCGUGAGAUCUUUUAAGGAAAUGGACAAAGAACUGAGCAUGCAUCCUUCUAUAGAUUGCUUUUGCAGUGGUUCAACGGCCGUUUCUCUUGUUAAGCAGGGUGAGCAUUUGUUAGUUGCAAAUUUAGGGGAUUCACGGGCGGUUUUAUGCACUAGAGAUGAUAACAAUCAACUAGUCCCGGUUCAACUCACCGUGGACUUGAAACCCAAUCUUCCAAAGGAAGCAGAAAGAAUCAAACAGUGUAGAGGGAGAGUUUUCGCGCUAGAAGAAGAGCCAGAUGUGCAUAGAUUAUGGCUACCUGAUGAAAAUUGUCCUGGCCUAGCCAUGGCCAGAGCAUUUGGGGAUUUUUGCUUGAAAGAUUUUGGUCUUAUAUCUGUACCAGAGAUCUUUUACAGAAGACUAACUCACAAGGAUGAAUUCGUUGUUCUAGCCACAGAUGGGGUGUGGGAUGUUCUAUCAAAUGCUGAGGUUGUAAAAAUUGUUUCUUCUUCACGCAAUAGAUCAAUGGCUGCUAAGUCACUGGUGGAACGAGCAGUUCGAUCCUGGAAGUCAAAAUACCCAACCUCAAGGAUCGACGAUUGUGCAGUCAUAUGUUUGUUUCUUAAGGUGCCUUACCCAGAUUCAAAGUCCAUCCGUGCUGGAGAGGUUGAUAGUCCGAAGGAGAAAUCGGUUACCUGCGAGUCUGUGAAUGGGAAAGCUGAUGGUGAGGCAGCGAUAGUUGAACAAGUUGAAGUUCCAUGUCUUAAGGAACAAGAUUGGGAAGGUCUUGAUGGUGUGAGCAGAGCAAAUUCCAUAGUCAAGCUGCCAAGGUUCUCUGGCAGUUUCAAUUCAGAAGAGCAGAAGGAGAAACAAGAGGGUUGAUUCUUCUGCAUUUGUAACCUAAUCAGUGAUCUUACGGUUUGUACUUGUAGGAUGUUAAUCAUUCAAAGGGGACUUUCAAAGGAAACUACUUUUUUAGUUCACAAGUUUUUGGGCUUUUAGCUUUCUGUAAGACUAUCUUCAAUGAGCUUGUGGCCCAUCAUCUUACUGAAAGUCAAUUAUUAAAAAAAUGAAUUUGAUUUAAUCA